CUUAACUUAGAAGCGACGGAUCCGCUGUAAAUAAAUGAGUGGGACCUGUGGCACACUGUAUCCCACAGGGCAAUGGAGACCUGACAGAAGCGGAGCUGGCCUAUUUUUAAGCCUAUUAAUGGGCCUAUUCUUAGUAUUAAACUGCUGAUUGAAAACUUUUCUUUCCCUCUGACAGCGGGGGAAAUGGAAGGGCUGGCAUCGUGUCUGAGAGCGGGCUGGUGUUCUGGUGUGUGUGGGCUGCUGGGGGGGCAUGUGACCUACACUUUUUAAAAAAUUAAUCUUAGUGAUGAUUUUUUCUUUGACUUAUAUUUUCUUAGGUAAACUAAAAUAGACUUGUCUCAUAUGGCGCAUCUUUACAUUUAUUCACAACUUAGCCUGUCUCCUCUGGUUUUAAUGUCAACAAUAUUUUAUUUGAAGUAGAUAUUCCUGGCUACCUCUUAAGUACUUUCUAAAGCAUUUAUAACAUACUUGUGAGUCAGUGAAGUCAGCAACAGAUUAAUGUCUAAACACAUUCAAUACUAUAGAGAGUAGUGUCUCAAAUUGUGUUUAUAAGGUUCUCUUCUAAUCUUUCCCCUCAUACUCAUCUAAAAUGUGAGCCUCUUCAGCUAAUCACAGUGCUUGAAUACAAUUACCUUUUGGUCUUUUUGUUAGGUUCAUGAUCACCAUUGGUUUGCAUUCUGUCUUUUAUGGCCAAAGAAAUAGAUGUAAUCUUGCUAAAUGACAAGUUAAUGUGCUCAGCCGACAUGGACCUUCUUUUCAUUCCAGAAAUGGAAAAUCCUGAAGCGGCUGUGAGCAGCUGCAGUGCUUACGAUGAUGAAAAUCUUUGCAGCUACAAACAGCACCUGUCAGUAUCACAGGAGGGGCUUUUGGAAGACCAGCUUAGAAGGAAGUUAAAAUUCUUCUUCAUGAACCCAUGUGAGAAAUUCUGGGCCCGGGGCAGGAAACCUUGGAAACUUGGGAUUCAACUACUCAAAAUAGCAAUGGUUACCGUUCAGCUGGUUGUUUUCGGAUUGAGCAAUCAAAUGGUGGUUGCUUUCAAAGAAGAGAACACUGUUGCAUUCAAACAUCUCUUCCUGAAAGGAUACACGGACAGAAUGGAUGAUACCUAUGCUGUAUACACACAAACAGAUGUCUAUGACCAGAUAUUCUUUGCAAUAAACCAGUACUUACAGCUGCCCAACAUCUCCAUUGGAAACCAUGCUUAUGAGAAGAAGGGAGCAGAAGAGACACCUCUGGCCGUGUGUCAGCAGUUCUACAAGCGAGGAAUCAUCUGUCCUGGAAACGACACCUUUGAUAUAGACCCAGAGAUUGUGACUGACUGCUUGUACAUUGAGCCAACGUCGCCGUUAGACAGCACAACAGUGGGAAAGCACAAUUUGAAUUUCACUCUGGAUUUCCACAGACUGGUGACGGUGCAGCUCAUGUUCAACCUGAAGGCAAUCAACCUCCAGACCGUUCGUCACCAUGAGCUCCCUGACUGUUACGAUUUCAGUCUGCGGAUAGUGUUUGAUAAUAAAGCACACAGUGGAAGAAUUAAAAUAAGUCUAGACAACGACAUAGCGAUCAGGGAAUGUAAAGACUGGCAUGUUUCUGGAUCAAUACAAAAGAACACUCAUUACAUGAUGAUCUUCGAUGCUUUUGUGAUAUUGACUUGUCUGGCUUCCUUGGUCCUUUGCACACGAUCAGUGGUUAAAGGAGUUCAGCUCCAAAGGGAAUUUGUAAGCUUUUUCCUAUAUUAUUAUAAGAAAGAAGUAUCUUUCAGUGAUCAAAUGGAAUUUGUCAAUGGGUGGUAUAUCCUGAUUAUGAUUAGUGAUGUCCUAACUAUUGCUGGAUCAACUCUAAAGAUGGAGAUACAAGCCAAGAGUCUGACAAGUUAUGAUGUCUGUAGCAUACUCCUAGGAACAUCCACUAUGCUUGUGUGGCUUGGAGUCAUUCGCUACCUAGGUUUCUUUCAGAAGUAUAAUCUUCUCAUCUUAACACUGCGAGCAGCAUUACCCAACGUAAUGAGGUUCUGCUGUUGUGCUGCUAUGAUCUACCUGGGCUAUUGUUUCUGUGGAUGGAUUGUACUGGGACCGUACCAUGUGAAGUUUCGUUCUUUGAACAUGGUUUCCGAAUGCCUUUUUUCAUUGAUCAAUGGAGAUGACAUGUUUGCCACCUUUGCAAAAAUGCAGCAGAAAAGUUACUUGGUUUGGUUAUUCAGUAGGAUCUACCUCUACUCCUUCAUCAGUCUGUUCAUCUAUAUGGUGCUGAGUCUCUUCAUUGCACUUAUUACAGAUACGUAUGAAACUGUCAAGCACUACCAGCAAGACGGCUUUCCGGAGACAGAACUUCAGAGAUUUAUAUCUCAGUGCAAAGACUUACCAAACUCUGGAAGGUACAGGUUAGAGGAGGAGAGUUCUGCAUCUCUCUUCUGUUGUUGUAAUGGUAUGUACCUAUAUUAAAAUUAGACAUUAAGGUAUAUGCAAAAGCAACCCACCACAAAAUGUCCCUGGUAUAAUGUUUAUGAAGAGUACUUAAAUUUUGGGGAGUGGAGUGGAUACCACCCCCACCUCCCCCUAAAAAAAUGUCCCAAACUAUUUCUAAUGCUCUAGAAUGGAGCACUUUAGCAAAAUGCCUGCAGCCAACAAACUCCUUAGGAGAGGUUAGGGUACUUUUAAAUCAAGAAUCCCUUAACAUGAAAACAGUACAGAAAGUUAGGUAAUAUAUCCAGUAACUUGGGAACCCCAUAUGUAUAAUGUGUAAGCAUUAACACUUCCUGUGCUCACUGUAAUAGGCAGAACUUGCAGAACUCAUUCAGUGUCUUCUCACCCACUUUUUAGUGAUAACGUGCAGUAAGGUGUCCCAACUUAAAUGGUAGAAGGCCUGAAACUUAGAGACAAAAUCAGCUUGCCAAGGUUUUAAGACAGCAUGCAAUUUAAGAUACUACCAAAACACUUGGAAAAGCAUUGCCUAACUUUCGCUGUGGAGAGCUUAAUGCUUCAGUUACUUGAAGUUUUGUUCCUUCAGGAAUACUGCUUGCAGGAUAUGUGGUUUAUAUUUAACCUGGCUGGCAGCAACUCUGAGUCUUGCUGAAGGCUCCCUUGGUGGGGAAGCCUUGAAAUAUUUGCAGCUUGACUGAAAAGAUCAAAGGUAUUUGUAGCUCCUUGUAUUGGACUUUUCUGGUGUGCUAUAUUGUUAUAUGCCACACAGAAUAUAUUUAUGAGGGGAAGGAGAUGGGGACGUAUUUUGGAAUAGGGAGGCAACAGAGCCUGCUGUGAGCCAGUCCAGAGCAGAGAGCCACUGUUCUGACUGAGUGCCUUACUGGAGAUGGAAGUGUCGGACGAAGCAGAGCAGGGCAUCUUGCUCCUGGGUAAAGGGCAUGGGCAUGUUAAUAUUUCCUUUUCUGCACACACCUCUCAGUUUAACCAGGUAAGAAACCCAGCGUGAGCUGGGACAGGAUGGGGAUGUAAUACUAAUGCUUUUCCCACUGACUGUGAGGCACGGGACUCUAGAAGAACAUUUGAAAAGGAAAAUUUGGUUACUUUCAAGCAAUUUUCUUCAGGACCAUUGGGCAUCCAGCAGCACCCUGGACUUGAAAAGAGCUGUAGGCAUUUAAGUGCCUUGUUUCAGAGGCUUGUUUCCUAAAUGGAUUACCUGCUCUUUGAUGAUUUUUAUCCUGGUACCAAAUGCCUCGAUCCACAUGCAUGCCUCCUACCGUAUGCAUGUUAGUGUUAAAAGAUUUUUUUCAUCUGGAAAUGGUGUGUUUCUUUCUCUAGAAGCUAGACCAGGGGCUGACUUUGCAGUUACCUUUGAAUACUGGCCAUUGCUCCAUUAGCUCUGUACAGUGGUCUUUCGGUUUUACUUUGAAACAAAUCAUCUGCAGGAAUAAAUAAGUACCUUCAGCAGAAUGUUGCAUUACCUGUUCUAGGGCUUCUGCUCCUUAAAAUAGUCAUACGGUCCUACAGGACACACAAGGCUUCUCUUAAUUCUUUCACAUGUUCAAAAUAUUUUAUGGUGGUUCAUAGGAGUUUCUUACCAGUGCAUGUCACAUUAGUAAUUAAAUAGUUCAAAUGCAUUUUUAAGGCUCCUUGUAUAAUGAAACUAUUAUUUUGAUGCACGCCCCUGACAACUUCUUUCCCCUUUCCUGUACAGGUUGUAGUUAACAUAUUUGAUGGGUUGUGGGAUUGUGUCAUGGAGGCUUUAAAGCAGCACACAUAGCAAGAACUGGACAGUGGAGCUGGUGGAAGACCUUAUACCUAAAGACUGAAUUUGCUUUUCUUGAAAAACAGUGUAACCCUGUGGAAGAAGCUUAUGAUAAACUUCAAGUCUUUCUGAUUAGGCACUCUCACUGCUAGUUCAGGGGUUUGGGGGGGUUGUUUUUUUAUUAGCUUUGUUCUAUUUGUUUCCUCAGUUAAAUUGCACUAGAAUGCAAAGGGCAUUAAAAAGCUGUAUGUGUUCAGAGACUUGGCUAGAUUAUGAGUAGAUUAGAAAUGCAGUAACUUUCAACUGUAAGUAGAAACAGCGCUGGACAACUGCAACUUUGAACACCAACCUAGCACUCAGUAUCACAGGCAUUAACCUGAAGUGCAAACUAAGUCAAAUACACAGAAGAUACAUCUCUGAGCAUCAUCUCUGCCCACACUUUAGAAAUUGGAUGUUUCCCACCAACCUAAUAACCUGGUACUGUUAGUAGCUGUCUGAAACAUUAGAUCUUAUAAAAGUUCAGUUUUGACAACUUAGUUUAUAUACUUUGUUGAGUAUGAUACCAUUUAGUGGAUGCCUUAUUUUCUAUAGUCUUUUCACUCUGGGAGCAAAAUAGAAAACCAAAGGGAAGCAUGUUUUAGAUAACUUGCAUUUGUGAGCAACAUUCCUAUAGCUGUGUGUGACAACGUAUAAUGCUGUGCACAAAGGUGGAGGACACUAAUCAUGUUCUUUCUGAAGGUUUACACAUUAUAAAUGUGCUACAAUAAACACUUUCAGCUGCAUUAA